AAACUGAUUUGGGUUACUAUGGUGACCGCCAACAGCGUUUUUCCGGUUGCGGAGGGCGGAGUUUUCAUCUUGCGGAUUGACAGGGCCUCGGAUGUUCUCGGGGCGGGGUUACAAUUACCCGGAAAGAAAAAGAUGGCGCAGCUCAGGGACGCACAUUUGGAGGACGAAGCAUUUGAUGAUUUUCCUGACCUGUCUGAUGAUGAUGGGAUGGGGGAUGAUGCAGCCUGGGAGGAUGAGGAGGGGAACACUGAAGCCCAUGUUCACUGUCUGUUUUGUGAAAGACUCUUUCAUUCUGCCGAAGAAACAUUUUCUCACUGUAAAUCUCAUCAUCGGUUUAAUAUCGGCUUUGUGGUAAGGAAACAUGGCCUCGACUUUUACGGAUACAUAAAGUUCAUUAACUUUGUCAGAGCUAAGGGGGUCGCUGCUGAGUCUCUGAGUGAUAUAAGUGCGCCACUGCCUUGGGACGAAGAUAAGUAUUUGAUGCCGUUUGUAAAGGACGAUCCUCUUCUUCAAUUUGAUGUAGAGGACCUAGAAGAAGAUUAUGCGUGUGUAGCGGCGAGUUCGGAGGCACCGUUUCUGUUUGAGCGCUGUCGGCUGGCAGAGAGCCGAGCUCAGGCUGCAGAGACUAAUUUAUCCCUGGCCCUGGAAGAUCUUCACAAAAUGAGACAACUUGCGCAGGAUUUUGUGAUGAACGCAGAUGUCAGACACAGCUCGUCUUCCGCAGGGGCCAUCGCUGACCUGGAAGAGGAUGAGGAUGGUGUGUACUUCAGCUCCUAUGGGCACUUUGGGAUACACGAAGAUAUGUUAAAGGACACGGUCCGUACUGAGAGCUACAGGGAUUUUAUAUACCAGAACCCUCACAUAUUCAAGGACAAGACGGUGCUGGACGUGGGCUGUGGGACUGGAAUCCUCUCCAUGUUUGCAGCCAAGGCAGGAGCUAAGAGAGUGAUUGGGGUGGAUCAAUCAGACAUUAUCUAUCAGGCCAUGGACAUUGUCCGGCUAAAUGGGCUGGAAGACACAAUAUCAUUGGUUAAAGGAAGAAUAGAAGAUGUCGAUCUGCCAGUGGAGAAGGUAGACAUUAUCAUUUCAGAAUGGAUGGGCUACUUCCUCCUGUUUGAGUCCAUGUUGGAUUCGGUUAUCUGUGCCAGAGAUAAGUACCUGAGUGAGGAUGGGGCAGUGUACCCCGAUGCCUGUACCAUAAGCCUGGUUGCGCUGUGCGACGAGACAAGACACACAGGGAAAAUUGCAUUCUGGGAUAACGUGUACGGCUUCAACAUGUCCUGUAUGAAGAAAUCUGUCAUUCCCGAAGCCGUCGUGGAAGUCAUAAACCCAGAGACACAGAUUUCGGAACCUUAUACCAUAAAGAACAUCGACUGUCAGACAACAACCAUCAAGGAUUUAGAUUUUGCUUCGGAUUUCUCACUGAGCGUAACCAGGGAUGCGUCUUGCACGGCACUCGGUGGUUACUUUGACGUUUCCUUUGAGAAGAACUGCCAGAGAGUGGUUUCCUUCUCCACAAGCCCCUCAUGUGCCAAAACGCACUGGAAACAGACUGUUUUUCUGCUGGAGAAACCCAUCCCUGCCAAAGCCGGGGACAUGUUGAAAGGCAGAAUAACUGUGCGCAAGAACCGGAAGGAUCCGCGCUCCCUCAUUAUUACACUUCUAUUAAAUGGCAUUACCCAGACUUACGCCCUCCAGUAGCCGAUUGAUGCCAACCUUCAUACCAUGCGCAGAUCAUUUUAUUUGAUACAGUACCGACAAAUGGAAUAAACUGUUAAAAGCUAAA